CACAUGCGCACUAGCCGGUAAAGAGUCUCCUUGGUUGGGGGAGUGAGAGGAAGCUUGAUUUUCUUGCGUCGCCCUCCGGUUCGGUCUCUUCCAUUCAGAGCAUGGCGGCUGCGUACAGGCUCGUCUUGGUUCGGCACGGGGAGAGCGCCUGGAACCUAGAGAAUCGCUUCAGUGGCUGGUACGAUGCGGAUUUGAGCCCAGCCGGGCAGGAAGAAGCGCGGCGCGGCGGCGAAGCGCUGAAAGAUGCUAAAUAUGAGUUUGACAUCUGCUUCACAUCUGUGCAGAAGAGGGCCAUCCGGACCCUCUGGACUGUGCUGGAUAUUCUUGACCAAAUGUGGUUACCAGUAGUGAGGACCUGGCGUCUUAAUGAAAGGCAUUAUGGUGGUCUAACAGGCCUUAACAAGGCUGAGACAGCUGCUAAACAUGGUGAAGCCCAGGUCAAGAUAUGGAGGCGUUCCUUUGACAUCCCUCCACCUCCAAUGGAGCCUGAUCACCCUUUCUAUAGCACCAUUAGCAAGGAUCGCCGCUAUGCUGACCUUACUGAAGAUCAGCUACCUACAUGUGAGAGUUUGAAAGAUACUAUUGCCCGGGCACUGCCUUUCUGGAAUGAAGAAAUUGUUCCUCAGAUCAAGGAAGGCAAGCGAGUGCUCAUUGCAGCCCAUGGUAACAGUCUCCGAGGCAUUGUGAAACAUCUAGAAGGAAUGUCUGAGGCAGCAAUCAUGGAACUCAAUCUGCCCACUGGAAUACCAAUAGUCUAUGAGCUGGACAAAAAUUUGAAGCCUAUCAAGCCAAUGCAAUUCCUGGGAGAUGAGGAGACUGUCCGCAAAGCUAUGGAAGCUGUGGCAGCUCAGGGCAAAGUUAAGAAAUGAGGGCAGGCAAAGUAAUCAGUAGUAUAACCCCUUUCCCCUUCCUAGCACAUGCCUCAAGGGACAGGGCUGAAGAGCCAGAGAUGGUGAAGUUUAUGAGAGCCAUGGCUUAUCCUUCAACAUUCACAUUUCUCCAGCAGGAUCUGGCUAGAUAUUUUAGAGGUGUGGACCAUAGAUCAGCAGGGUUACUGACAGAAACAAAUUCCAAAGCAAUGAAAUUCAGUGCUGCUGAAAUGAAGAAGAGACCAAGGUUUUCUCAAGGGAACCUUUGCUGUCUUUAUGUGAGAACUCCAGUUAGUCAAGUAUUGCUUCAUUUGGUUUUGCCUUUCAGGACAGUUGCAAGGACCAUUUUUUAAUUACGUUUUUUUUUUAAAUUUUGCAUAAGCAACACACCAUUUCAUUUAAGCUAGAUGAAAAGCCAAUUCUUAUUUCAUUGCCUUCUGAAUGUAGGAAGGAAGGGUGAGACUAGAAGGACUAGCUCCCACUCUGGAAUUUCCACCUGUGAUCCAAUACCUUUGUGUAGUGCCAGUAAACCCUGAUACUGUGUAUCAUCACGUUGCUUUUCUACCCCAUAGUCUGUGUGGUUGUCUCUGCCUUAUGGAUGGCAGAUUUACACUAGAGCUAAUUUCACUGUACAAUGGCUGAAUUUGCCCUAGUCUCAGUAAAAUAAAGGAAUUAUGUGCAAUA